AUUACCAGAUGAUAUUUACAAACAACUAAGCGCUUUGCUCAAAUAGAAUCGCUUUGCAAUAGUGUAGUAUAUAACGAACGUCGUAUUCUGCGGCUAUAUUGGAAAAUGCAUUAGCGCUAUCGGUGAGCUCCACUGUUUCGAAUGCGAUUUGGCUGACCAUCGCUUUCGUGUCCGUGCAACCUUGUCAGCGUCGGAUAUACAAGCGAUGUUUGUAGUAGCUGGACGUGCGGCCCACUGUAACUAUAUAGGCCGGCUGCCAUAUGUGAAUUCGCCGGUAACGAUUCUUUGUUUGUUCUACAAGAACUUACAUAUUACUUGGUGAUACGUUCUGUCCCGUUGUGUAUAGCUUCGAGUGCUUUCGUUGUGCAUUAGAAUUUGCGUUAAGAUUCUGAAAUAUUUGAUCCUAGAAAGAACAGUUAUCAACACAAGUGUCGAACGAAUAUACACUGAUACACGUUUCGUGUGAUCUUUUGAUUUGCUGCGGUGACAUCUCCAAACAUCGUAAGCACUAGCAUCCAUUCGACCAACUUUACGGAAACGACCGCUUAUUGAGGAUGGAUUCGAUACCGGAUGUGGAAAUUGACGAUGGUCGCUUCAAGUAUGUCCUGAUCAGGGUGCACGAUAAACGGACCAAUGCGACGAAACUAAUCGUACGUGGUAUUGCAACAUGUUCGUAUCAUAUGGACAUCUACGAAUUGGCUCAGAAAGCAAUUGAGAACGAGAAUUUCGAGUUGGAAGCACUUGGGGGUGGACGGAUUCUUCAUAAUGCCAAGGAAAAACGAAUUGAGGUGUUCGGUUAUUCAGUUGAUCUCGGCCAAGCAAAACAUGCAGACACCUGCGCCAUCCUAGCGAAACACUUUCCCGAAUAUCCCGAGGAAAAUAUCACAUGGACUAAUCAAGGCUACUAGAUGCCCUGUUCAUUAAUAGGCAGGACUAUUUUGCAUGAUUUAGUGAACUGGAACUUUCGUUUCAUUUAGUCUUACAAUACUGAAAAUAUUAUUGUCUUGGAAACGAAUGUACCCUCGUAUAUCUCGGAUCUGGUAUAUAAGACGCACCACAGGAUCUGGAAGGUGACUUUUAUCCCUAAUGUAUUAGGGGAGGACACAUACUGAUUUACUACUGAAGUUAUGUAGAAAGUAUGAAAAGAAUGAAGUAAUGUAGAAAAAUAAGUAAGCAUAUUACCAACGGGGGAAAAAGUUAGUCGACAUAUGUCUAUGAUUAUGGCUGGUUUGGGAUGUAGUUGAGUGUCUAAUGCUCUCUGCACAAGUGAUUUAUUAAAUAAAUAUAAU